ACAGGAACUGCAGCCACCGGCGAGUGAUGUUCACAGGUUAUGUUGUCUAAAAGUCAUGCUUGAAGGAGAGUGCCCGUGAACGACUAAAAUUAGGUUGACAGUUGCGUAUCACCCACCAUUUCAGUUACUGGUAAUGUAAGCUUGAUAGCCUAUUUUUUAUACAAUAUAUUAGGUGGAGAUGGUAUGCUACAACUCUUUGUAAUGUGUAAUGUUAGUUAGGAUACAGUAGCUAACGUUAGUUAUAUAGGAUAUUACAUGUAUGCUAGCUAGUUUGCCAACACACGCAAAGUCGUAACGCUACGUUUGCCAAGCCUAGCUACCAGUGCGUGUCAACGUUGAAGAACGUUUUAUAACGUGAAUACAUUUGAGCAUUCUUCAGUUCUCUAAUGUAAGAUAAUUACCUCAGGUGGUCUGCAGUAACGUAAUUCUGUGCUGUACGGAUAUAACUUAAGUAUAUGGAAGUUGUGCUCCCGUGCCAUUUACAUUAGCUAGGUGUAACGUCAUGUUUAGUAACGUUAAGCUGCUGUACUUUCCUGACCAGCCUGCUACCAUGCUACCAGCAGUGUGAAAAUUACAAGAUCAAGUUAGAUGAAUGAGCCUGCAACUGACAUUACACAUUACUGGUCUUUCGGCAUGGGAAGCUAGCGAUGUCUACCUAGCUGCAUUAUCUGACUCGGUUGUCCUAAUAUUUAACUCAUACUCACACACUCUUUGUAUUUCACCAAUGAAUACAUCUGCUAGCAAGAUGUUAUAAUGAAUUCGGCUCACAUUCUACUACGGGGCCAGUGUGUCCGGUGCUUAGUUCCUUAUGUCAGGACAGCUGUCCAGCAGGCUGUCCUCUUCAGUGGAGGCCUCCCACAUCGCCCCACUCUAAGCAGUACCUGCGUCCAGGUGCACCGGGCUGUUCACGUCAGCUGCAGGUACAACAAGAAUCGUACUGUACCCUCAGCCUUCAAAGGGAAUAAUGAGGAUGCCAAGAAAGAGAAGGCUCUGGUUGCCCAUGACGAUCUGUUUGAAAGGGCAGGCAAAGACGCAAAGUCUAAAGCCACGUUCAACAAGGUCGUGGACAUUUUCAACCAUAGGGACAAGCGACGACGGGGCCACGUGGAGUUUAUUUACGCAGCCCUGAAGAAGAUGCCGGAAUUUGGAGUGGAGCGAGACAUUACUGUCUAUAACAAGAUCUUGGAUGUUUUCCCCAAGGAGGUGUUUGUGCCACGGAACUAUAUCCAGAGAAUGUUCUACCAUUACCCACGACAACAGGACUGUGCUGUGGAAGUGUUGGAACAGAUGGAGGGUCAUGGAGUCAUGCCCAACGUUGAGACUAAGGUCCUGCUGAUACAGAUAUUUGGAGAAAAGAGCCAGCCGGUGAGGAAGUACCAGCGCACCACCUACUGGUUCCCCAGGUUCAAGCACGCCAACCCGUUCCCUGUGCCCCACCAGCUGCCUGAGGACCCAGUGGACCUGUCUCGCUUCAGCCUUGCGCGCAUCGCCAACGACAGAGACGCCCAAGUCACUGUCUAUCAGAUUCCUUACACGGACCUCACAGAGACCGGCGAGGUGAUCGAGGAGCCGCACAUCGUAGGAAUCCAGAGUCCAGAUCAGCAGUCCCUGCUGGCCAAGCACAACCCCAACAGGCCUGUGUUUGUGGAAGGGCCCUAUCCUCUGUGGCUCAGGAAGACUUGUGUGUACUACUAUGUACUGAAGGCUGACCUUGUACCACCUGAGGAGAAGGUGAAGGAGUACAUAGACCCGGAGAUGGUGGGUCCUGAGCAGUCUCUCUACUACCCUCUGUGGUUAGACCUGGAUCUUCAGCGUGACAUGGGAGAUGAUUUCAGCUUUAAAGUGGAGAACUUGGAGGAGGGGGCUGUCUAUGCCAUGUGUAUGGCCGGUCAGGGCGACCAAGCCACUCUGGCCCGCUGGAUCUCCGGCCUCCAGGAGACCAACCCCAUCCUGGGCCAGAUCCCCACAGUCUUCCGCCUCGAUUCCGGGCCCACGGAGCUCCAGGAUACCAUGGAAUCCCAGCGUCCUCCGGGGCCAGACGCCGAAGCGGAACACGGAAUGGAAUCUGACCGUGUCACAGAGGAGGAGCAUCUGGGUGGCCAGAGAGUAAAGCAGUGAGGGUUCGGUUUGUGCUCUGCUAGCUCAGCAUAAUGCAACUGUCCCAGUUAUACUCCAAGACGUCUACCCUCUCACUGGAUUAGAUAAUGACCCUAAUCACAGCUAGUAAAAAAACACAGCUAGUUCCAGUGCUCAGAUACUCCUGAGGGGCUAGCUGUCACCAUGUUAGGUGUGCUAUGCUGGGGUUAUGACUGAAACUUCACAGAAGGAUAGACCUUCAGGAAGAGGACAAGGUACACAUAGUUCUCCCCAAUAACAAAAAUGGUUUAGUGCAUCGUUUGCUUAAGUCCUCCGCUGGGGUUUGACUAGAUGGACGUGUGUGGACACUUUUGAAAUGAAAUAGAUGCAGCAGAAAUAUUUUAUUUAAUCAAAGUGGUUCAGAUUCAAACUUUGUUUAUGUCGACAGUUGUUUAAAGAAGAAAUAUAUCUGUUGGUAAUGUUGUGAGUGAAUGAGUUCUAUAAUUUAAUUGAAAUUAAAAUCAUGCAAAGUUGUGAAAA